AUGUUGCUCCUCGCCUUUCUUUCGCUUUCAUUAGCAAGCGCUGUCUGGGCACAAACACCUCCUGGUUUUUCUCCAAACGUUACUGCUCGCCUCGAUGUCAUCUUCCCUUCGGCAACCGUCACGCCAGGUCUCCAACUGCAGAAAGCUGCUGUUGCCAGCAUGCCAACGAUUGGGACUGAAACGAGUCUGUCGGGAACGUAUUUGUAUCUGAUGGUUGGUAAACCCCCUACCACAACUGGCGGACCUCGUGGUACCGUUCUUCACGCUAUGAUUAUAGGAUUCAAAUCUUCGGGUUCAAUGAAGAACACCACCUACGUCUUGACAUCGACAGACACAGGACCAUCAUCAUACUUCGGACCGUCUCCACCAGCAGAAACGCCACCGCAUCCGCAUCACUACAUCGAAAUGUUAUUUGAACAGCCUGCCAACUUUGCAGUCCCAAGCAGCAUGAAGAGUCAAGUUUCAAGUCGCUUGAACUUCAAUACUACUGAGUUCAUUUCGCUGGCGGGGUUGAAGGAUCCUGUUGCGGCUAACUACUUCUUGAUCACUGGAUGA